AUGAGCGAACAAAAGAAGGAGCAGGUCAAAAUGGCGGCCAGUGAAGCGAAGCCAAAGGGAAAGAAAAAGGAAAGAAACCUUGACACAGAGAUAAAAGAACUGUUCAAUGCUUUUGACGAAGAUAAAAGCAACUCGAUCUCUCUCGGUGAGCUGAGGAAGGCGAUGAACUUUAUGGGUCUGUCUCCGACAAAGAAAGAGGUUCAGGCGGCAAUGAAGAACCUUGAUAAAAACGGUAACGGAAAAAUUGAGCUUAAAGAAUUCAAGACAUUUAUUAAAGCUGAAAUGGAGAAGAACCCGGGCUGUUUAGACAGUGAGGCGUCUAUACGCUCAGCCUUCAAAGUGUUUGACAGGGAUGGCAACGGCUACAUCGACGGCAAAGAACUGAAAUACGCGAUGAAGCGUCUUGGUGAAACUAUGACUGAUGAUGAAGUAGCGGAAAUGUUACACGAGGCUGAUGUAGAUGGCGACGGAAGAAUAAAUUACGAAGAAUUCGUGAGGAUAUGGAGUGAGUCUUUAUAA